CGGACAGGUGGUGGUGGCCUGACCGACUUUUAAAGAAACCUUGGGGGGAGUUGGGCGGCAUCUUCAGUUGGACAUUGGCCUCCGUAAGACGAAGAGUCAGGGAAAAAGAGCCGUAGGGUGCAGGAGACAGGAGAGCACGAGCACGGCUGCCCCCUCGGAUUUCUUCUCAACGACCCACAGAAUAGCGGAAGGAUGCGACUGUCGACGAUUUUCGAAUUGUUGCUGAUCCUCUUGUUGGUGGCUUUUGCGGCUUACGGUCGAGUAAUUGAUCGCAAUGAGGCGUUGCAUCGGGUGGCUCGUGCCACAAAUAACGUGAAACAGAGCGACAUAGACUUAACGACAAUGUCGCUGAAACAGGCAACCGAUAGCGUAAACCGAUAUUGCACCUGCAACGAGAAUAUCUGUAAUUGCUGUCGGGACUUUCACAUACCGCUAGUGCAGCUGAAAGGACCGGGAUGCGCCUCGCUGCAGUAUCUUCAGGGUGACAAUUUGGCAGUUCAAUUGAGCUUCGGCGACAACAUAUUAACCAGCACUAUCGUUAACGGAAAGAAUCCAAAGCCUGUAUGCGUACCGCUACCAGGUGGCUUCACUCAUUUCUGUGGCAGAAUUUAUUCCAUUCAACGUGACGCGAAGAAUCAUUUUAAAGCAUGCCUCGGUCUGGAAUUACAGUCUCCUACCGAAUUGGAAGCUACUCUUCGUGUUAGUUGCUUCAGAUUUGGCCCAGAUGGUCUGAAACUUCGACCGGCCGAGCCACUUCCGACUGUCGAGACAGAAGCGUCAGAGGAAGAUGAUGAUGAUGAUGAUUUUUUCGGGCUUGGUGCGGAUGACGACGACGACGAUGAAGAUGAAAGUCCCAGUCAGAAUUCCGUCCCCGAUGCCUCUACAGUUGAUGAAGUACAGGAAUCAGACGAUGAGGACGAUGAGGACGACCUAUUAGGCUUCAGUGCUCUGCUGGAUAUCUUUACUGGCGAUGAUGAGGAGCCAACGAGAGAUAGAAUAACCACUGCGCCGCCUUUGCUGGAAUUCACUAUACCGAUUCUACCGCGGCCAACGACUCCCUCAUCGUUAGAGGAUCAUGAGUUACCCCUUUCCCCCGACGAACAGGACAGUAACUAUGAGGAGAACGACACCCAAGAACCGUUCAAGGCAGAAGAAGGAGGAGGAGAAGAAGAAGAAGAAGAAGAAGAAGAAGAACAAGAAGAAGAAGAACAUACGGGACUGUUCGAGAGCAACACCGAAGACAACACUGACGAGAACCAGGAACAAAUCACGGAACCCUCUAACAAAAUCGUGUAUACUACAAAACCCAAUAAAACGUCGACUGUCAUUAAAGUGAAGAAGGGAGUCGUGGGAGACAAAAAGAAACCUACAGUAACAUCGGCUAGCGUUAAUGCUAUUCAUGAUCCUGUGAAGCCAGGGAAGAAACCCAUCAAGGACGAGGACGAUGAAGACGAUGAUGACGACGAUGACAUUUUGGACGAUGAUGACGAAGAUAUCGAUGACGAUGAAGACGACGAAAUUCUCGACGAUGAUGACGAUGACAAAGACGAUGACGAAGACGAAGACGAGGAGGACGAAGAUAAACUGGACGAUGAGAAGCAUGCUGACCAUGACGACGAUGAGGAAGAAAAGGCCGAGGACCUUGCCGAUUUGAUUGAUGAUGACGACGACGACGAGGAAGAAGAUACCAUGUUGAGUGCUCUUAUGGGUACUGGGAAAAGUAAGAAAAGCAAGGAGGGCACGAAGACCAAUCAGACAAACGUCCACGAGCACGACGAUGAGGAUUACGAACUUGAAUUUCUUGCCAGGAAGAGGCAUUCCAAUGAAAAUCGUCAAAGCAAGAUCACGAGGCUUUGAAAAGAGUGUCGCACCAGUCAGUAGGAUAAUUCGAAGUCGAAGAAAGCUCCUUCUUAUCUGGCCAUGAAUUCGUUGGCUCAACAAAACUUGAAGCGUUUUGUUCAGAUCAGCGGAGCAUCGUCGAAGAUUCGGGAUUGGUAUAAUUGUGACAGUGCAACCUAUUUUUUAACGAUAAGAUUACAAGAGUCAACUUUUCUUGGCGCGUAAUUUCGUGAUAGCGCUUUAAAAUCAUGGUUGCGUGUUAUCACGAUAUCCCAAUUGUUUCACAACGAUAAACCGUUGCAAAAGGUCAUUAAUUUUGAAAUAUCUGUUAACUAAUUUUAUUGUUGGAAAAUGAGCGGUUUACGUCGCUAUCACAAUUAUCUUGUUUUUUUUUACGUAGUUAAUUCUUUAUUUAUUGAAUAAUGUGGAGACUGAUACGGGAUUUUACAGCGAAGGUCGAAGAACUUUCUUAAGAGGAGGCUCAAAUAGAAUUGCGUAGAAGAUUUUCAUGUCUCGGAAACAAGAUUCUAAGAAGAGAUUCUUAAACAUACGAGAAUUUAAAAUGAUACUGUUUAUAAGGAAGACUUAUACUUAUAUAUUGUUUGUGACCUCAGCCAUAAUAAAUUGCUCGAUUAGUUUAACGUUAUUUAUUAGGAGCAAAUGAAUAUUUAUGAUUUAUGUAUUUAUUAAGUUAUUUAUUGACUCUGUAAUAAAUAAAUAAAUAUAACGCGUUAUGUA